AUGGGGCUCCACCACGCCGAUCCCCCUGCGUCAUCGCACUCCCUCCAUUCUCUCGGCACGCCGCCUCCAUACACAGAUGGUCCCGGACCCCUUCCCGCCCCUGUCCAACAUGCCCAGCCUAUCCAACAUGCCCAACCUGCCCAACCUAUCAAACCUAUCCAACCUAUCCAACCUAUCCAAUCUGUCCAAUCUGUCCAAUCUGUCCAGCCUCCCACAAGCACCCAACCCCUCUGCCUAAUCAACUCAGCCUAUGUUCUCCCCGGCGCUAAACACGUCAGACCCUCCAACAAGGUCUCUCACACCCUCGAACCAUCGCUCUCCAGCAACCCCAACGAGCUCUACGAUGUAAUCCGCCGCCAACUCAAGCUGCCGCCACGGCCAUUACUCUGUAUCCAUGGCACCCACGCUGUAUCGACAAAUGACAACAAGAAAGACGAAUACGACAUCUACACAGACUUCUGCUUUAGGCUGGAUCUGGCCGAGACCAUGUUGACCGGCUGGGAGCGCAGCUCCAAAGACACGUACUGGAGGGAAACGGAAAUCCUCACAGACGAGGACCUCAAACCCGCAUAUCGGGGAGGAAUCCUUUGCUCGCGCACGUACAAACCGCCCAAGUCGGGUGCUGCAUAUAGUCUUACGGGGGACAGUGAUGCUAACCUAUCCCGAGAUGUCGCCGACGAGGAAUUCACUAUGCACCGUAAACUCGCCGGCUUCAACUCUAACGCCAUGAGAAGCGUCCUCUACUCCCACAUCCGCGAACUCAAAUACCGCGGCUGCAUAGACUUCGACCUAUCAGUCGCUCAACGCUCCGUUACAAUCUACUCGCCACACUGGAUCAACCGGCUCCGCACGAACCGGUUCGUUUGGUGGGUUGUUGUGCUUCUCCAGCUCUGGAUCAUCACGUGGCCGGUUAUCUUCUUCAUAGAGAAGCGGUACGAACCCGUCCACACGUGCUGGAAUGCGUCACUUAUACAGGAGUCUGGCUCUGCGCGGGAUAAACGUUACGCGUAUGGUCGCAAUGAGUCUUCGCUGGCGGAGUACUGGGCUCCGGCUGUUAAGCAGGCGGCGUGGACUCGGCUGCGGAAUACUGUUUUGACGAGGAUGGAUGCGGAUCGUUUGCAGGGGUAUAGUACGCUGCGGUUGCUUGGUCUUCGUGGUGAAGGUAGGUUUGUUGAUAAUGCUAGAGGGACCGGAGAGGCUAGGCAGGCUUACAGGUUUGCUUUUGGAUGGAGUGCUAACUCCUAA